AUGAGGAACGAGAUGCCUCAAAACUACAUCCUAGAGUGUGAACUAUUUGAUUGUUGGGGUAUUGACUUCAUGGGCCCCUUUACAUCGUCUUAUGGGAACCGGUACAUUUUGGUAAGAUUAGAUUAUGUAUCUAAGUGGGUGGAGGGCAUUGCCUCGCCUACAAAUGAUUACAAGGUAGUUAUGAAACUUUUUAAAAGCAUAAUUUUCCCUAGAUUUGGUGUUCCCAAGAUAGUCAUAAAUGAUGGGGGUUCCCACUUUGCGAAGAACGAGCUAAACAAGUUGUUGAAGAAGUACGGAGUCAUGCACAAGAUUGGUGCGCCCUACCAUCCCCAAACUCAAGGGCAGGUAGAGGUUGCCAACAGAGAGAUUAAGAAGAUCCUAAAGAAGAUGGUUAACCCGAGCAGGAAAGAUUGGUCUCUCAAGUUAGAUGAUGCUCUUUGGGCGCACCUGGAACUGGAGUGUAGAUCUUGGUGGGCGAUCCAAACCCUCAAUUUGGACCCUGCCUUAUCCUUUGAGAAGCGAACUGAGCAAUUACGAGAAUUGGAAGAAUUGAGGCUAGAUGCGUUCCACAACAUGCACAUCUACAAGGAAUGCACUGAGCGUUGGCAUGACCAACGGAUCCUUAAGCGAGAGUUCCUUGUUAGAGAAAAAGUACUACUUCUCAAUUCAAGAGCGAAGUUAUUCCCCGGGAAGCUGAAAUCGAGGUGGCCUAGGCCGUUGGAGAUCCUACAAGCAUUUCCUUAUGGAACGGUGGAACUGAAAGAUCAUCAUGGGGGUAGUUUUUGUGAAUGGGCAACGGAUAAAAUUAUUCCAUGA